AGCAGUCACGGGGGAACCCCGCGCCCCCCCUGUCUUUUCUGCGAGGCCGAAAGAGGCCAAUGAGCUUUUUGUUGAGCCGGGUGUGACGGCCUCAGAUGUGACAGAAUGAUUCGGGUGAGGAUCUCUCCCUGCGGCGCUUUUUGGCUCUGGGCUGGUGUGACGACACAAGUGGUGGUCGUGGUGUCGGAUGACUGAGAAUUACCCCGCGCCUGUGGGCACUGUGGGAUUAUUAUAACCCGCCAGUUCUCCUCUGAACCGAGCAGGCGCUUUUCUUCCGUUUUCUCUGCAGCCUGGAAUGCCGCUUAACGCUUGCUGCCCCCACCCCCACGCACUUCUCUUAAAAGUGCAGCCAAGUUCAAGUUUAAAACACCGUCAUGCCUUUGGUCUUCAUCUCGGGUCCUAAAGGUUGUAAAACGAGGCCAGUGAUUAGGAGGAUCUGACAUAACAUCCAAUUUCAUAAGCAUGACUGGUUCCCAACUUGUGUAAACUCCUCCAGCGAAGCAUGUGUUUCUCAUAUUUAUGUGGGCGUGGACUAACAGCCCCUUAGGAAAGAGUUUAAACUUGAAAACAAAACACAAAACAAUCCUGUCAGAUUGAUUUGAGAUAAACUGAAGUAAUUGUGCCGCGCAGGAGGGUUGUGCAAUAGUACAGGGCUAUCAGAUUCUCAUAGUUGCAGCUCAGCGGCGCAGAGAGUCAAGGACGCAGGAGCCUAAAAAUGAUCCAGGAUGUUGGAGUACGGCGGCUCCACGUGGCACGAGGACUGUUUUAUGUGUCACGGCUGCGAGAAGCCGAUCGGGGCCGAGGCUUUCGUCCCAGACAAAAACAACUACUACUGUGUGCCGUGCUACGAGGGCCGGGUCGCCCCCCAGUGCAGCCACUGCAAAACGGCUCUCACCAAAGGAGGGGUGACCUACAAGGACAAGGUGUGGCACAAAGAGUGUUUCUUCUGCUCGGGCUGCAAGGCCCCGCUGGCCGGUCAACCCUUCACCUCGCAGGGAGACAGUCCGUACUGCGUCAAGUGCUUCAGCAGCCUCUACGCCAAGAAGUGCGCCGGCUGCAACACGGCCAUCACAGGGUUCGGGGACGGAAAGUAUGUCUCCUUCGAGGAGCGGCAGUGGCACCAGCCGUGCUUCAAGUGCUCGCGCUGCUCCGUGUCGCUGGUGGGCUCCGGCUUUUUCCCCGACCGCGACCUGAUCCUGUGCGCAGACUGCAACAGCGAAGACUGACCGUCGACCACGGCUGCACCUGCGGCGGCUUAAAAACACCAUCAGACACUCGCUGACACGAGUGGAGAAAAGCUCCUCCGGGGCCUCCGGACACUGCACACGAACACUGCAACUCACUCACAGCGUAAAGGCGACGCCAAGUAUCAGUAUUGACAACUAAAAACUCCCAUCAGACUUUAGCACGUUGACAUUUUUUGCAUAAAUGUGUAUGACUUUUUCUCUGUCUUAUGUUUUGCACAUCAAAGAAUGAAUAACAUGAACACACACACACACACACGUAUAUGUAUGUAUACCCUUAAACUGAACAGUUUGAUUAUUCCUAAAGGUCAUUACCCACCCCUUUUAUAACACAGACGAAACCAAAGUUUGAAAAAUUGUUGUACCUUUUCAAAAACUAUAUUGCCAUUUAUAAAAGCUGUCCCUCCUGCUUCUUGCUAGUUUGUCUGUAAAUGUAUUUGCUGAAAAUAAAAAAAAAAAGUGUUUUCUUCUCAGCUUGAAUCAACUUUCAAUAAAAAAAUGUCUCAAAACA